AGAUGAAGAGAGAAAGAAGAAAAGGGAGAGAGAGUGAGAGAUGAUGAUAUGAGCGACGUUGACUUCGCUUUGUAGAGAAGGCAAAGGGCUCGACGGCGGAAACUAAACUCUCCGGCCAACCUAAAAUCUAAUCAUGCCGGUGACGUUUUCUGAUGCGGGUGAUCCAGAACUGCAUCAUGCUACGAAUGAUGAGACAUUGCGAAAAAACAUAGUGGAAGUUCUGAAAAAAGAUGGUCCUCAGAGAGUGUUGCUGGCUGGUAGAGCUGGAAUAGGGAAGACGAGGCUGGCAAAUUUGGUGGCCGAGCAUGUCACCACGACUGGGAUUUGCUUUCUGACACUCUGCUUGCAUCUUAACAGGAAGUUCAAGGAUGAACGGUCGCUUUAUGAGAACAUAGCUUCCCAGUUAUGUGUUUACUCCGAUUUUGAAGAGACUGAAGUGGAUGACAGAGAUGAGGAUGAGGAGGAGGAGAAGGAACUGCAAGUCUCUGAUUUGAAGAAGAAGAUACUUGACGAAAUUGUAAAGCAAAGAAAGGAGAUUGACAAAAGAAUCGCUGAUAAGAGAUUGGAGGACGCUGAAAAGGCCAAGGAGGCUGCAAGCAAGAAUACGUCUAGAAAAAAGGAUAAAACAGCUGAAGUAGAGACGAAGCCGAAAGCUGAAGAUGAGAAGAAAGAUGCGUCAUUUACAGGAAAGCCUUUUCUUCUUUUGAUUCUUGAUGAUGAAGGAAACCAAACCAACCAAACCAGUGAAGAGGUGGUGAUGAAAGACAUGCAACUUUGGAAGAUUCUUGAUGAUAUUCUUGAAGAUUCCAAUCGUCUCAAAAUUCUUGUUACAAAAGGAGGCGAGGAGCCUACAAAGGCUGGUGGCGACGCAAAGAGUGAGAAUGGAAGUGAAGAGAAAGAGGGAGCAAAGAGUGGGAAUGGAAGUGAAGAACAAGAGGGAGCAAAGAGUGAGAAUGGAAGUGAAGAGAAAGAAGGAGCAGAAAAGAAAGAAGGAGCAGAAAGUGAGGAUGGAAGUGAAGAGAAAGAAGGAGCAGAAAGUGAGGAUGAAAGUGAAGCAAAGAGUGAGGAUGGAAUUGAAGAGAAAGAAGGAGCUAAAAGUGAAGACCAAGAAGAAGCAAAGAGUGAGGAUAGAAGUGAAGAGAAAGAAGGAGCAAAAAGUGAAGAGCAAGAAGAAGCAAAGAGUGAGGAUAUAAGUGAAGAGAAAGAGGGUGCAAAGACUGAGGAUAUAAGUGAAGAGAAAGAGGGAGCAAAGAGUGAGAAUAUAAGUGAAGAGCUAGAGGGAGCAAAGAAAGACUGCGAAAUUGUGUCAGAUGGGGGUACUCAGUCACAGGACAAAGAUAAUAAGGGGAAAACAAAGGACCAAGCCGCGGAGAACAUACAAGAUACAAAGCGUGAUACGGACAGUGGCCCAUCUACUAAAGAUGUGUCGCUGGCAGCUACAAAGUGUUAUGAUGAUCUAAUCAAGUUCCAUACAACGGAUGUGUCGGAGGCUUUACUUAACUCAAUCAAUGAUACUAGCCUGCAGUAUUUGUUUAUGUUUCUUAUCACAAAAGGCUACGUGGGAAGUUUUGCACACUGCAUAUCUGACAUUGUGACAAAAAGCAAGAAUUCGCCUGCUGCAAUCGUCGUGCUAGCCAAGUCCCUAAAAAUUAUGCUGAGCAAUACACGGUUGAGCAUGUCCAAUCCAGAAAAUUUUAAAAAAUUAAAAGAAAAGAUAGAAAAGGUUCUCUCGGCUGUUCGGUCUGAUUCAGGUUCUUCUGAGAGCAAUGUCAAUCCAAUCCUGCAUCUUGCGUAUGUGCUGUUGGAAACCUAUGACACAUCAAAGGGUGCCAUCUUGGAUUGUUUUUGGCAUAGCUUGGACUUCUUUAAGCAAUGUGGCUGUGUUUACUACCGUGACCUGAUCACACAGUGGAUGCUUGAAGGCUACUUUGAUCCUGUUAGGUCUGUCGAAAAGGCUUACCAGGAAGGUCAUUCCAUCUUGAUGGAGCUUAUAAACCGUGGAAUGCUGAAGAUACAAGAAAACAAUGUGGUGGUACCGGAGAUGACAAUGAGUAAUUUAAUUGAUCCUCGACGUCGAGGGCAUUUCGGGAGAUCUCGACUUGUAUUUUCUAGAGUUUAUGGCGGUGACAAGGAUAAAGGUAUUGGGAAAAUCACCCAGAUAGAUGAUAUGAUUAAAACAGUGCAAGCAAAGAAAGCAGACAAUAUUACCACGAUUCUGGUUAGUGGAGAUCGUCUGCGUCGUGAAAAUCCUAAAAAGUACUUCGAGAAGCUGAAGAAGCUUGAAGUACUUGGUCUUUUUGAACCCACACUAGAUCCUCUUAUCCCGUCUUUUGCAGACCAUCUCGAACUCCUCCGGGUUCUUGUAAUUAGGGACUGUGAUCUACUGACAAGUAUUGAAGAGCUUAAGGCUCUUACAAAGCUAAAUGCUCUUGAAGUUUCUGGUGCCAGCUCCCUUGAGGGAAUCUCUCCUGAAUUUUUCAAAUCAUUUCUUGAACUUCAAAGUCUUCACCUCUCUGAGCUUAAGAUCACAUCAUCCCCUCCCAGCAUAUCUCAACUGACGAAACUUCACUGUCUCAUCAUCAAAGAUUGCCCUUUGUUGAAAGAUUUGCCAAACAUACAGGAACUAAAAGAGCUUGAGGUUAUUGAUAUUUCUGGUGCUCGUGGGCUUAAAACGUGCUUCGACAACACAGACAGUGCGAAUAAAGACAAAAGCAAAAACAAAAACUUUUAUCUUCUUAAAAAACUUCAGCUUCUUGACUUCUCGGAGAGCCAAAUAGAGCGACUGCCAAUAUUCCAGGACUCUGCGGUGGGUGAAAAGCUUCACUCCUUGACUCGGCUCUUGUUGCGAAACUGUAGCAAAUUGAGAAGAUUGCCUAGUUUGAAGCCCUUGUCAGGCCUGCAAAUUCUUGAUCUUUCUGGCACUACGAGCUUAGUGGAAAUGCUUGAAGUGUGCUUCGAGGAUAAGCAUGAACUCAAAAGUCUUGAUCUCUCAGGAACUAAUCUUAGCGAGUUGGCUACCACCAUCGAGGAGCUGACCAGUCUCAAUGAACUUCUCCUACGGGAUUGUAUCAACCUAGAUACUAUCCCAAACAUCCAGAAACUCACAAAUCUCGAAGUCAUUGAUGUUUCAGGCAGUACCAAACUGACGAAGAUCGAGGGAUCAUUUGAAGACAUGUCUUACUUACGUGUUGUGAAUCUCCGUGGAACCAAAGUGGGGACACCAGAAUUGCCAAAGGACAGCAAAAUCCAUUGUGUAAAGCUUAUUAUUCUGGCAGAUGGAAGGCCUUUUGAAGGUAAGGAUUGGGACGAAGUAAGGAUGAAAAUUUCAAGUGAGAUAUCUGAGAAUCCUAGCUCCUCUGAUGCAGUUGUUGCAUCCCAAGAAAUCUCAGAAGAAACAAGAGAGAUUCAAUCAGCUGAACCUCGCGCCAGUGAUUGUAUUGAGAAGGGAGAUGCCAGCAAGGAACGUCUUCUCCAAGUCCCCGUAGAGAAGGCUCUGUAUAAGAAUACACUAUCAUCACUUGUUGAUUCCGAAAGUUCACAGGAAGUUAUGGAGAUCAAUGAAACUAAUGAGCUAGAUGAGACCGCACUAGCUAAUGCUGAGUUUGUGUCUUUUGUGGACUGUACUCCUACAAGGCUCACAUCUGUCUUUAACAAGACCAAAUCGGUGAAGGGUUGCUGGCUAAGGAUGUGCACUGAAAUAAAAGACCUUUUCUCUGGUGUGGAUGAAGAACACUUGAAAUCAAUGGAGACUUUGUCGAUUACAAAUCUUCCAUCAUUGGAGACAAUAAGCUGUGCCCGUAGCUUCGAGAAUCUGAAGAACCUAAGCUUAGAUUGUUGCCCGAAAAUCGAAACAAUUUUCUCGGAGAUGCCUAGCAGCCUAGAAUUCCUGAAUGUAAAGCAUUGUGAGAACCUGGAGAAAGUUGUUAAAGGAGUCGAAGUGUCAUCUCACACUAAUCUGACAGUAAAACCCGACAAUUGCCCAAUCUUCGGAGACUACGUUAUGGUUGAGCACAGUGAUGCAUCACCACAAGAAUGAAGAUCAUAAAAGUAGCUGGAGGAAGAUCCACUUACACAGUAUUAAGCAUCAGGAUCGUUUCCUUUAAUCCUUUGCGUACUUGUUCUGGGUGUGUCUGAAGUUGUUGCGUGUUGAAUAGCAGCCGGGUUUGAAAUAUCAUCUUGCUGGUUUUUUUUUACUGUUUCCUGUUUCUGUUUUAAGAUAUUUCCUGCAGUAAAAAUCCCAGGCAGAGUGUUCUGAUCUUGUUUGGGUGAAUAAGACCCUUGUUUUGAUUGUUUUUGUUUUCUCAAACAUUAUAUUUAUUUUGAACGAUCUUGUGAUUCUAUGGCUUUACGAUAAAGAUUUAGUUACAAUAAGCAGGAAUGUAUACUUA